AUGGCCGAGCCCGGGCCGGAGCCGGGAUACGCUUGGCGAGUGCUCGCCCUGUGCGGGGCUGCUGUGUUCCUGGCUGCGGCUGCAGCCGGGGCAGCCCUGCUGGCCUGGAAUCUGGCCGCCGCCUCCAGGGGCUCUCGCUGCCCAGAGCUGGAGCUGGGAGUCAACGCCACGGUGCCCCCCGGGGGGGACCCUACGCUGGAGGUCCAGGAGCUGCAGCGACGGCUGGCAGAGGCUGCCCUACGUGAGGACGCUCUGACCAGGCAGCUGGAGCAGGCCAAGGGGGUCCAUCGGGAGCUGGAGGAGGCUCUCAGGGCCUGCGAGGGCCGCCAGAGCCGGCUUCAGACCCAGCUGAAGACACUGAAGACGGAGGUGGAGGAGGCCAAGGCCCAGGGCACUCAGAUGGGCGCCGAGAACGGGGCGCUGGCAGAGGCCCUGGCGCGGCAGGAGGCGGCGGCCGCCGAGACCACCCGGCAGCUGGAGGAGGAGCGGCGGCGCGCACGCGCGGCCGAGGCCGAGGGCGGAGCCUGCGCGGCCCGGGAGGCGGCUCUGCGCGAGCGCGUCAAAGCCCUGGAAGCCGAGACGGACCCCCCGCGAAGACAGCCGCACCCCCGGCCCCGCUCGGGGUCCCGGCACCGGCCCAGCCCCCGCCCGCGCUCGCGCUCGCGCCCCACUCCCUCGGGCGGCUGCCGGCGGCGCGCACGCGGCUGA